UGUGUCUGGGCGUACGUGUGUGUGUGUUUACGUUGGAUGGGGGUCUGCGUGCCCCGUACCACAGAACUCGCAGGGGGCAACAGAAAAGACAGCUGUGUGUUUUGAGAGACACUGAAAACGUAAGAAAGAGAGAGUGGAGGGCCAACAGGCAUGCCAGUCAAGACCGUCACUUUUGGACCCCAAACAUACUGUAGCCUGUCCAGAUCAAACUCGUCAAACGGAGCCUCCCAUAGCAACGUAUGAGGGGGUUUGGUCGCCUGGGAGUUUCUUUGAGGGUUGUGAUGCAUGUGCGUCCAAGAUUAGUAUUGUAUGAUGUCAACCAGGAUUAGCUGUGGCAGAUGCUGGCAACAGUUUUCUCCGAGCGGCCCGAUCUGGCAACCUGGACAAGGCCCUGGACCAUAUCAAAAAUGGCAUUGAUAUAAACACAGCCAAUCAGAAUGGGCUCAACGGGCUGCAUCUGGCCUCGAAAGAAGGCCACGUUAAAAUGGUGCUGGAGCUACUCCACAAUGGGAUCGUACUGGAGACCACCACAAAGAAAGGGAACACGGCCCUGCACAUCGCGGCCCUGGCCGGGCAGGAGCAGGUGGUCGCAGAGCUGGUUAACUACGGGGCCAAUGUCAACGCUCAGUCACAGAAGGGUUUUACUCCACUCUACAUGGCUGCACAAGAAAACCAUCUAGAGGUUGUGAAGUUUCUUCUGGAGAACGGAGCCAAUCAGAGCAUUCCAACUGAGGAUGGAUUCACUCCUCUCGCCGUGGCUCUUCAGCAAGGACAUGAGAAUGUCGUAGCCCUGCUCAUCAACUACGGCACUAAAGGAAAAGUCCGACUACCUGCGCUACACAUAGCAGCCCGCAACGACGACACUCGCACAGCCGCAGUGCUCCUGCAGAAUGACCCCAACGCUGAUGUACUCAGCAAGACUGGAUUCACGCCCCUCCACAUCGCUGCACACUAUGAAAACUUGAACGUAGCUCAGCUGCUGCUCAAUAGAGGAGCCAAUGUCAACUUCACCCCAAAGAACGGCAUCACUCCUCUGCACAUUGCAGCCCGACGGGGGAAUGUGAUCAUGGUCCGACUCCUGCUGGACAGAGGGGCUCAGAUCGAUGCCAAGACCAAGGAUGAGCUGACCCCUCUGCACUGUGCGUCCAGAAACGGUCACGUGAGGAUCAUAGAGAUCCUGCUGGACCAUGGAGCCCCCAUACAGGCAAAGACAAAGAACGGCCUGUCUCCAAUCCACAUGGCAGCACAGGGGGACCACAUGGACUGCAUCAAGCAGCUUCUGCAGUACAACGCAGAGAUUGAUGACAUCACACUGGACCACCUCACCCCUCUGCAUGUGGCGGCGCACUGCGGCCACCACCGCAUGGCCAAAGUACUGCUGGACAAAGGGGCCAAACCCAACUCUCGGGCAUUGAAUGGCUUUACCCCUUUGCAUAUUGCUUGUAAAAAGAACCACAAGCGUGUGAUAGAUCACCUGCUCAAACAUUCUGCAUCGAUAGAGGCUGUGACUGAGGUGAGCAAAAACAUCUCACUUAUCAUUAUAUUCAGGGGCGGACUGGGACUACAAAUCAGCCCGGGACUCUCCACCGGCCCACUUCGGUACCGCAAGUAAUGAAU